AUGACCAGAGCAGCCGCGUCCCUGGUCCUGGUCCUGGUGGCCCUGUCCUCCACCUUUACUAAAUAUGUCCCCAAAUCUGGCCAGAGGAUCCCUCAGUCGCUGUCUCGAGGUUGGGGCGACCAGCUGAUCUGGGCUCAGACGUACGAGGAGGCUCUGUUCUUGUCGAGGUCCAGGAACAAGCCUCUGAUUGUCCUGUUCCACCUGGAGGACUGUCCUCACAGCCAGGCGUUCAAGCAGGCCUUCAAUGAAAACGAUGAGAUCCAGAGGAUCCUGGACGAGGACUUUGUGGUCUUCAAUAUGAUGCAGGAAACCGUAGAUCAACACCUGUCCCCUGAUGGACAGUACGUCCCCAGGAUCAUCUUUGUGGACUUCGAGAAGCUGUUGAAAGAGUGA